GCAAAGUGAGGAGAGAGGACGCAGCAGCUUCAUAUGACAGUUUCUAUCAGAAAGCAGCAGUGGACACAAACCUGUAACUGAGACCUGCUCUGGACUUCUGCUACGACAAGAGGACGCAUCCAGCGACUUUCCACAGGAGCGCUUUCAAUAUGGUUUGGUCCCGGGAGAGAGAGACGGAGCGGCCUCCGCUGUCCGUCAUCCUGCCGCGGCUCUACCUCGGAGCGGAGAGCGACGUGACGCAGGACGGGCUGGCCUCUCUGGGUAUCUCCUAUGUACUGAGUGUGAGUCGCUGCAGCCCCCAGCCCUCCUUUCUUCCUCGCUCCAGAUAUCUUCGCAUCCCUAUCGAUGACUCACUUUGGGACGACCUGCUUCCCUGGAUCCCACAGGCUGUGAACUUCAUAGAUGCAGCCAUGUCCUCUGGUGCCUCCGUGUUGGUUCACUGUGCAGCAGGAAUCUCUCGCUCUCCAGCUCUGGCUGUAGCUUACAUCAUGUACAGCCUGGGGAUGGACCUGGACCAUGCCUACAGGUUUGUGAAAGAGCGCCGGCCCUCCAUUUCCCCAAACUUCAACUUCCUGGGUCAGCUGCAGCACUUCCAGGGCACUCUGAGCCAGAAGGCCUCUGGUGACGACCUCCUCAUGAAGCAGCUGAACAACUGUCCGCCAUCCAUCAAUGGCAGUGUUAUCCACACUCACACCAGUCUCAAUAUGAAUUAUCAGGCUGACAGUGUAACCAGCAACUCAGCAGAGCUCAAACAGGCACACACAGAGAAUCUCCACUUCACAGCUAAAACACAGCAGAGACACUCACAUUUAGAUGGAAGUGGAAACCAGCUGCUUUCCCUAUCAGGGAAACUUCGGACUCUUCAUUUGACUCUUAAUCAAAACCAGCAGCAGGUCCAGACGUCAUGUGAAGUUCCAGCUCCAAACCCCUGUGAGACAGUUAAACCAGCAGCAAUGCCCACACAGCUCCCAGCAGGCUCUGCUCCUCUAUCAGAGAAACGCAAAAGCCUCACCCUCCUCUUGACCCCUUUGGGAAUCUGUCCUCCCUCCUCAGCAAACAGCAGCCAGCAACCAAGGGACACCGCCAUGUCCAAAACUUUCCACAACAGGGAGACAGGAGAAAAGCCCGAGGCAAAGACACAGAGCACCCCUGGCUCCUAUAGGCAGGCAGAGGACACUUGCAGGGAGCAGAGUCCCUCCCGCCAGUGUAGCAGAGCUGAGGUGAAGGAGCAGGGCCUGCUGUCACCAUUCAGCUUCACCCUCAACAAGCUGCUGGGCUGGGGGGAGAGAUUGCUGCUGGGAGGGCUGUUUGCCCACCCCGUAAGAAUGGGACAGCCUUCACUGCCUUAUAGGUGCUGAGGGAGCAGCUGAUGUUAAGGAUGCUUGUUGUGUCCAUUUAUUUCUGUGCAUGUUUGUCAAAUUGAACUAAACCACACACAUGUGGUACAUAAUACAUACAGGAGGCCUGAAAGAACUUCUGUCUUCUAUUUAUUUAUUUAUUUAUUUAUUUAUUGCAGAGCUAAAUAUAAGAAGUAUACUUGACCAUAAACCUCCACACAAAUGCAUCUUGUUUAUUACAUAUUGACAGUGGUCAGCUUAUCUUGACAUUUGUAAAAUUGAGUUAUUUUCAAAGACUUUUGGUACAAUGGUCUGAGAUGUAUUUACUGAUGAUUGAAGAUUACAUUUCAAGUGUGUCUUAUUGCCUUUUUCUCAGUGGUUCAGAGCGACACUUGUCAAUAUUGUUAUCUGGUUUUAAGGUCUCAUCACUCUCAUGACCUCAGAAAUUAGGGAGCUUUUAUAAGUAAAAACAUUGAAAUAUGACUGUUAUUUCUGUUUAAUCAUAACAAAUAUUAUCAUUUUUGAUACAAAUACAUGGUCUCCAAGAAGCAACAUUAGGACAUUAUUUUCUCUGAUAUUUGCAUUUCUCAUAAUAUUUCCUUUCUAUAUGUUUGUGCCAUGACACACAUGGAGUGUGAGGGUAGGCAAAUAUAUUGUGCAGGAGAGCUAAAGUAAUGAAGGGGUCCCAGUGUAGUAAUGCAAGUUUUUGAGCUGAUAAAGACAUUUAUGUUUCAAAGAAGACACUGCCUUAUAGAGACUUUAAAUAUGGGUACAGUUUAUUGGUCAUGAAAACCUUUAAAUGGCUAUUUGGCCCCAAUUCCAGCUACAAGCAAGAUGUUCAAUUCAGUAUUUCAGACAGUAAUCAAGGCUGAAUUAGCAAGCAGGCAAAAUGAGCACCUGCAGAACUCAAAGGGCUCUAACAGCACCAAGCUUACUAUGAGUGGUUUGUACUCAUUUAAUUGGAGAUGUAUUUGGGGAUAUGCACCAAUGAAGCACACAAUUUAGGCUUUAUGGUGGCACCUCCUUCAUCACCUCAUCCUGCAGGUUCCUGUGUCAAAAUGUAGUUUAAAAACCUAAAAUAUAGCUGCAAGCGGCAAUUCCGGGGUUCAAGCCAGUAUGGAUGUUUGAAACUUGAAAGCUGGGUAGAUUCAAGACCAUUGACAGUUCAGGAUACCUGCAUUAAAGAUUACCAACAGGUUUUAUGACAAUCAGACAGAUGCUCAUUCAUUUAUGUCCAAAUCUCUAUGAGGCCACGCUCUUGUUUGGAAGCACUGUUGCUGUCCACCAAGUUUGGUGAUGCUUGAAUCAAUGAAGGUUUCUUCAUUUGAUUUACAUCAAUUUUGUGAAAGGCCAUUGCACUUGUUUGUAACUUGUGGUGCCUCCUAUUGACCGAAUUUCAAAUAAUGUGAUAACGUGAUUGAUAAUAAUUAUUUAACAUACCCUGCAAGUUUUGUAAUGAUUGGACAAUCAAUUUCAGAAUUUUAGUCUGACAUGUGUUAUUGUAUGCCCAUUUUUUGUAUUUGUGGUGCCACCUGUGGUGACCUGGUGGUCACAUUUGGAUGAAGACAUAUUGGCCAUUUUUACACUUUAUUCAGUUGACACUGUCAGCGACCUCAGUAGCAUGUGGAAGAGCCACACGCAGCCACAACAGCUUGGCACCUCCUCCUCAUGCUGGUCACAUUUUGCUGUGGGAUGGCAUCCCAUUCCUCAACCAGGAGUUGUUGAAGGUCAACCAGCAUGGUUGUGUUGGUCACUCUAGCACGUACAGCAUGCCCAAGCUGAUCCCACAAGUGUUCAGUUGGGUUGAGGUUUGGACUCCAAUCAGAUGCCAUACACCUGUGACUGACACACACCUAGCAGCACUUGAAGCUCAGAACAAGAGUGAAUACCAACAGGAGAAUGUUGCAGGGGAUUUUGACACAUUGUUUUGGGGCGUUACUCACAUGUUUAGCUGUGUUGCUCAUUCCACUAAUACAUGAUCCUUACAAGUUGUUGGCCUACUUCGUUGUAAAGGUGACUAGUCAGGCUUUCCAACAAUAUAACAUACAACACCAAUUGGUAUAAUUAAAGGGAAGAAAUAAUUGACUGAAAUAACGUUUCCAAUUUUUUUUUUGAGGAGUUAAGUAUAAUGUGUGUGUGUAUAUUCUGGUGGUAGGUACUCAUAUAUGGACUGACUGAGCUAAAGGGGCUAUCCUCACAGGAGGCUGAACAGGAAUAUCUCUCCGGUCCAGUUUAUGAUCAAAGGUAAGGGUGGAUAAUGACAUUUUCAAAUGCAAUUUGAAGUAAAAUAUCAACUUGGCAAUCAUUGUGUUCUCUGUUACCAAUUUAGUGAAGUGUAAUACUUCAUACAGAAGCUUGCAAAGAGAAGGAAGAUCAAGGAAUGGAAUUUCCAUUAAAAAUGGGAAGAAAAAAAAUA